GCUAAUAAAGCAGCAGCUGCUGCCCAGGCCAUUAAAGAUGAGUGUGCUAAAGAUUUAGCUGAAGCUAUUCCAGCAUUGGAAAGUGCUGUGGCUGCAUUGAAUACUCUGAAACAACAGGACAUAACGGUAGUAAAGUCCAUGAAGAAUCCCCCUGGUGGAGUAAAACUUGUGAUGGAAGCCAUUUGCAUCAUGAAGGGGUUUAAGCCAGAAAGGAAACCAGACCCAGAUGGCUCUGGAAAAAUGAUCGAGGACUACUGGGGACCAUCGCAGAAAAUGUUGGGAGAUAUGAAGUUUCUGGACAGCUUAAAAGCCUACGACAAGGACAGUAUAUCUCCAACUAUAAUUAAAAAAGUCAGGGAAAGGUUCAUACAGAAUCCUGAUUUUGAUCCUGCUGUUAUCAAGAAUGUGUCACUAGCAUGCGAAGGGCUCUGCCGCUGGGUCCGAGCCAUUGAUGUGUACGACCGAGUUGCUAAAGUAGUAGCACCAAAGAAGGAAAAGCUAGCCGAAGCCGAGGCUGAACUUACAGUUCAGAUGGAACGAUUAGAUGAAAAAAAAAGACAGUUGCAAGAGGUUACAGACAAACUUCAAGCUCUAAAUGAUGAAUUUGCUGCUAUGACAAAAAAGAAAAAGGAUCUGGAGGACAGCAUUGAACUGUGUUCAAAGAAGCUUGAAAGAGCGGAGCGCCUCAUUGGUGGUCUUGGGGGAGAGAAAGAGAGAUGGAGUGAAGUGGCUAUUGCUCUUUCAGAACGUUACAGCAACAUUGUUGGUGACGUCCUUUUGUCUGCUGGCAUGAUAGCAUACUUGGGAGCUUUCACAGUGGAUUAUAGACAGGAAUGCAUUGCUAAUUGGCACACCUUGUGUCGAGCAAAUAUGAUUGCUUGCUCUGACAGCUUCUCUUUGAUAUGUACUUUGGGGGAUCCUGUGGAGAUUCGUUCGUGGCAGAUUGCUGGCUUGCCAGUUGACAGUUUUUCUGUAGAUAAUGGUAUUAUUGUUACUCACUCUCGACGAUGGCCACUUCUGAUUGAUCCCCAAGGUAGUAAAUCUCACUUACUAAACCCUCACUACCUGCCUGAAAUAUCUGUAAAGGUUACGUUGUUGAACUUUAUGAUAACUCCAUUAGGAUUAGAAGACCAGUUACUAGGAAUAGUCGCUGCUAAAGAGAAACCAGAGCUGGAAGAGAAGAAGAAUCAACUGAUUGUAGAAUCAGCAGAGAAUAACCGACAGUUGAAGGAAAUUGAAGAUAGAAUUUUAAAAGUCUUAUCUUCUUCUGAGGGGAAUAUCUUAGAAGAUGAAACGGCCAUAAGAGUUCUUUCUACUUCUAAAGCCCUCUCACAGGAAAUCUCAGCAAAACAAGAAAUUGCUGCAGUAACAGAGAAAGAAAUUGAUGAGACAAGAAAUGGCUAUCAGCCUGUUGCAGUUCACUCUUCCAUCCUGUUCUUCUGUAUCUCCGACUUAGGGAAUAUUGAACCAAUGUACCAGUAUUCACUAACGUGGUUCCUUAAUCUCUAUCAUCAG